AUGAAUAGAUUCGGUCACUCACUCGUGUCCUGUCAGCUUCAUAGAAUCGAUGACAAGGGUAAUGAAAAGGAUCCUAUUGAAUUUAAGGAUGCAUUCAACGCUUUUAGAAGACUUACCAACACUCAAGGCGAACUCGAGAUGAUUACCAGAGGUUUGUGUAUCCAGCCGUCACAAAAUCUUGAUGAAAAGAUUGCUGAUGGGCUUAGAGAUUUCUUGUUUGGUCCCAACGUUCGUUUGGAUCUAGCUGCGAAUGACAUUCAACGAGGACGUGAUGCAGGUCUUCCAUCCUUCAACGACAUGAGAAAGAGUUUAGGCCUCCAGCCACUCACAGCCUCCGACAUGACAUCCAAUGCUUAA